UCCUGUUCAAGCUAGGCGGGGCCUUGGGUGUUUGUUCGGUGUUUUGGUGGGUGGCUCUCUGUAACAGGCAGGGGCGCAUUUGGGCUCCGCCCGGGACCGGGGCCCCGGGCUCUUCAAGAGCCUUGGUCUUGGUCUUGUGGGCAGACCACCACCGGCCCGAGGAGCCCACUGGGCAGGGGGGCAGCCGAGGUCGGGCAUGUUGCCCGACUUCCACAGGGCCGCCAACGACGAGAACAAGGGCAGCAAGCCACCGCCCGGCGCGAGGGGACGGAGGCAGCAAGUGGCAGGCGGGGGACGGCAGGAGGCCCGCAGCCAUGGAAGUGGCUGCCUGA